UAUAACUUCUCUGUUACUACCCCUUUCACACUUCUUCUUGGCUCUGCUCUCCUUUGAGUAUCUUCAUUCUUCAACAUAUUAAUUUUUUGUCCACCCACAACCGUUCAUCUACCAUUGUAUGGACUGAGCCCAUCCUAGUCCGUGCUUCUUCAUAACAAUGACCAAUUCCGCCGCAUCACCGUCAUCGGCAUCCAACACUCCCAUGGAGACUGAUCCCAAAAGCAAGCGCAAGGCCUCUACAGCCGGUCUGCCGGCCAACUCCCGUCCCGUGAAACGGCGGGCGUCCAAGGCCUGCUGCUGUUGUCGGGCUCGUAAAGUGCGCUGUGAUGUGGUCGAGAAUGGAUCACCAUGCACCAAUUGUCGCCUGGAUCAAGUAGAGUGCAUUGUCACUGAGAGCAAGAGGAGAAAGAAAUCACGUGUGGAAGGUGACAAUAGCAGCUCACAGUUGCACUCGCACUCUCCUGAGGGCGCUGAAGAUGCUUCCAACCUCUUCCGCAGACUGAGCGAAUCCCAGGGGCUAUCCGAUGUCGCUCCUGCGUCUCCGUCCCAACGUUCACUGGAUCUAGACCAAGGACAGCACAUCCCUCAUCUUUUGUAUCAGAGUCAAGUCAAUCGGGCUGGCUCGGGAGAUCGCUUUCGACCAAGAGUGGCCCUCAAUCCGGCUGUUCCGGCAACUCUACCAUUGCACCAUGUCACGUCACAGAUUCAGCAAAUGCUGGACCCCUCUUUUGCGAGUGCAAGAACGGGCGGAGUCGCUUUACCUGAUUACAUUCGUGGUCUACCACCUCGUCUUCAAAAGGAAGACAUUGAGUACCUGUACCAGAAGGGGGCGUUGACCGUUCCCGACGUGGGUUUGCGCAACGAGCUGCUCAAAAGUUAUAUACAUUACGUGCAUACUUACAUGCCCCUCCUUGACCUGGAAGAUUUCCUGCAGACCAUUGUUCAGAAUGACGGCAUCCGUCGAAUGAGUCUAUUGCUCUUCCAGGCCGUGAUGUUUGCGGGUACAGCGUUCAUCGGUCUGAAGCACCUUCAUGCAGCAGGCUAUCCUUCCCGAAAAGCGGCGCGCAAGGCUUUUUUUCAGCGAGCAAGGCUUCUUUACGAUUUCGACUACGAAGUUGACCGGAUCUCACUGGUUCAAUCACUGCUCCUGAUGACAUAUUGGUAUGAGACACCGGAUGAUCAGAAGGAUACCUGGCACUGGAUGGGUGUAAGCCUGUCUCUCGCACACACGAUUGGCCUACACCGGGAUCCGGGUAACUCCCGCAUGGAUGUUCGGCGUCAACGGAUGUGGAAACGGAUCUGGUGGAGCACAUAUACACGCGAUCGCCUGAUCGCACUAGGGAUGAGACGGCCCAUGCGUGUAAAAGACGACGACUGUGACGUUCCCAUGUUAACCCUUGAUGAUUUUGAGUUCGAGCCGUUUUCCCCUGAAAUCGUGAGCAUGGUGGGCAACUCGGAAAUCUUGCAGAACCCGAAACACCAGCGGGAGCUAGCCCUCAUGUUUAUUGAAAAGGCAAAGCUCUGCUUGUGUGUCAGUCAUGUACUAUCUGCGCAGUAUUCGGUCUUGAGCCAUAAGUUUGGCGGGACAAUGGAGACUACGAUGAUGCUGGUACCCAAAAAGUCGGCAGCAGAAACGUUUGAGGUUCGCCGAUGUGACCAGGAAUUGGAAGACUGGCUGGCCCACCUUCCCACCGAAAUUCAAUAUGCCCCUGCCGCACCCGCCAAACUUGGCGAGGCCCAAGAGGUGCUUCAUUCCCAUCGCGCGUUACUGAAAAUGGUCUAUUUGACCACAUCCAGCGCCCUGCACCGCCCGCAGGUUCUCCCUGCGAUCCCGUUUCCAUCCACGGAUGCUGAAUUGCAGGAAAUAUCAAGGAAUAAGGUCAGAUAUGCUGCCAUCGAGAUCACGAACAUCGCCCAGGAUCUACAUAGUCUUGAUUUGACGCGAUAUUUCCCUACCACCGGCGUCACGGUGCUACUUCCCGCGGUCAUAAUUCAUCUUCUCGAUAUCAAGUCUAGCGAUCCCACAAUCCGGAUGACCAGCCUUCAACGAUUCUAUCAAUGCAUGCGGAUCCUGCAGCGUCUAAGAGAGAUCUAUGCGUCUGCCGAUUUCGCGACAUCGUUUUUGGAGGCUGCGAUCCGAAAGGCCGGGAUCCAGCUUACAGUGGCGCCACAGGAUGUGCACUCACGGUCCGGCAGUACGCUUGGCGCGACUACUCGGGUUAAUGCCUUGACUCCACCCCCAGAUUCUUUGGCACAGAAGAUUCCCGACCUUACAUAUCCGAAGUCCGACACAACCGGGCUUGUCGAACAACUGGCUGCAGAAAGCGGGCCAGCCUUUGCCUCUACCCCGCCGCCUUCCGACGGCAGCGAGAAUGGCAGCACAAGCAACAUAAACCCAAGUCAUCAUCAUCAGGACGCAUUCAGCAUCCCCAAUCUGGAUUCCGAAUUAAGUUUGAGCCAACUGAUGGACUUGGCGAAUGAUGCCGAGGUCACCCAAAAUGAUUUCGAUGCUCUCAUCAAUUUUGACGACACCGGAGCCGAUUUUCUGGGUGUCGACGAUAGCAUCAAUACCACCGGACUCACUAGCGGUAAAGGCUUUAGUUUGGGGCUAAGUGCCUUGGACAACUUACCCGACAUGGCUACAUUCAAUUCGACGGGGAAGGGUCUUAACCUUCCGGGUCUAGAAGAUGAGCAAAUCUCUGACGAGCGCGCCUCUGGUGUGGGGCAUGCUGGGCUGAAUACAAUCUCAUCCGACCUCGAUGCCGAACUCGGAUUGAAUCUUUAAGCAUGGUCUGUGAUGCUAUUCACCGCUUCUCGAGUGCAAUUUUA